GCCAGCGACAAGGGAAGUGAAGUGACAACUUUGCAGCUCAUAGAAAGCUAUCAGGUGGAAAAUGAGCAAGGCAUGUUGACAGAUAUAAACAAGAUACUUUUUGUAUAGAAUGUCAUAUUUAAACAACGCUGGACCUGUCAACAAUGAAAAAAAUAACAUUUCCACGUGAUCUGGGAUAGCUCACAUGCUAACACAAAUGGUGUUUUCUUGUUCUGUCCGAUCAAAGCUGUUCUAAAUUGAAAUGUUAUUUCUAGCAAGCUAAAGGAAGUUAUUUUUGUUGACACCCAUUGUCUGUAGAGUGUAGCUAAUUGGCUUAGGUUCCAUGAUCUGCCCUGAUACGGUGAAAAGGAUGACGCAUCCUUUUUACUGUAGCUUGCUGUCUAGCUAGAAAGGUGUUGUUUUGAUAACCCCCUGAGCAAUGUGUUAAAUUAACUUACUCUUCCUAGUACGUGUUUUAGCAGUACUGUUGCUGCCUCGAUAUUAUGACACGUCCCAGACCAUCUUGCUAACCAGUCAAUGCUGGAAAGUACAGCAUGUGUCUGUUGCCCACGUCUAAACCAAAAAUAACACAGUUCCAAAUUAGGUAGCUAAUAUAUCUUGAAUUAUCACGAGAUACGCAACCAACCCGUCUUGAUCGCAAUGGGGACCACGCUCAGUGAACCGUGCAUCUAUGACAAGCUCUCAGAAAGUAUAGAUAUUCUUCGUCAGUCUGGAUAUCGAUAUGGCAUGUCGGAGAAAGAGAUUGAGAAGUUCAUCAAGCAGGUGCUGGAAACCAACGAGCCCCGCAGAGAACCACCACAGUUCCCCAUCCUUCGUGCCACUAUAAAGUUUGUUGUUGCAGUGGGCUUCCUGUUGGUGGCUGUGUUGGUAUUCACCUAUCCUCAAAGUCCUCCCCAGUUGGGUUUGUCCAUCCCUGGGGGGCACAACUGGUCCUCCCCCCUCAGUCACGUCCGGUUACUCUCCCUGCCCAUCGCCAAGAAGUACAACCUGCAAGGGUUUCAUGAGUGGUGGAGCGUGGGGGCCCUGCGGCAGGGACUGGUCAACUGUUCUGGCUGCACCACUGUCUCCUCCGUCUUAGAGGUGCCGGAGCCCCUGAGUCUGCCUAGAGCUCUGCACCGGGGGCCCCAGCCAAUCCUCCUCAAGGGCGGUGGAGCCCUGUCCCUGCAGUACCAGGAGCUGGAGCGCUUCUACGCGGCCCACACAGACUCCAUGAGUGUGGUGCUGGAGGAACAGGAGCACCUGCUGGCCCAAGGAGAGGGCUUCCCCCAGGAGCCUGCCAACUUCACCCUGCUGUGGCGGACAACCUCGGGCAGGGAGGAGGUGCUGCGGUGGCUGUUCCCAGAGGCUGAGAUCUGCCCCCUGUUGGACAGUGCUGGAAUGACUCUGCAGCGCUGCCUGGUGUCUCACAGCACAGGAUCCCAGAGCAGGGGCCAGCGUGUGUUAGGGUGGCUGAUGGUGGGGGAGGGCUUCCCCUCUGUAAGAGUUCUGCCUGUCCCACGCUGUCAGAGACACUGCAGCUCCUUCAACCUGUGGCUGAGCCCUGGCGAUAUGGUCUAUGCUGACCCCCUGUACUGGCAGAUGGAGCUGUUCCCAGGCAGGGGGAAGACCCUCGUGUGUGACGGUUCAGCCUUCUGACAUCCAGCCAGAGCUGCGAAGGAGACUGCAGGAGAAAGUCUGACCCCUACCCCUGUGCUUACACAAAUCAACCUUUGACCCUGCACCUGUUCCCACCGCCCAGAAUGGACAGUCCAGGUAAUACCCUGCUAACAGGCCACAGUGUCGCACGAGAACGUGGUGUGCCAGCAGGGUCUCUCAGCAACACAGGAGCUAGCGUGGGAUGUGUAGAGCGGGCAGUAGGGGGCGCACAAGGAGGAAUUCUCUAUGCCGGAUAUGUUUUCGUGACUGUGAAGGCCACAAGCCACGUUUUGUCAUCAGCCUGUUGUGGAUAAUCACGAGUCAUUUGUGGCUUUCAGCCAGGGAGCACAAAGUAACUGAAGUACCUGAAUUUGAAGGAAACAAUGCUGUUCGACGAGGAAGACUGAAGUGACACGGGCUCACUUUUAAGUGCUCGGUUAUAACUACAGUAGUGAUUUAAUUCACAUUACAGGUAUGCUUGAACUGAAUUGUAGUAAUAUUGCAAUUGUAUUAGAUACGUGGAUUUUCGCAGCUGUUGUAACAGCUCCUUAUAGAGAAAUGGCCAACCGUUGUCGUAGAAAACCACUGGGUCGUUUUUCUUUUUUUUUUCUUUUAAUAAUAGAAUCAGCCGAUUCAGAACUAAGAAAGCAAGUGAUUUGCAUUAGCUGGGGAAUUAACUGCUUAAAGUUAUCUAAUAAGUACUUGGGGAACACAAAAGCCAGAAACUUGGUGCCAGGCAUAUGAGGAACAUGUACGUGCAUCAUUUUGUAAAAUAACAGAAAAAACACACGGGCAACUGCAAAGUGACAGACCUUGUCCUGAAGAAAGAAAUGCAGUAUUCUGCACUAGUAUUGUCAAUUCUUUCUUCCUUAGUGAAGGUCAGAUGUGUCUCUAUAAUUGCCAUCUGGACAAGACUUGAUGUCAUGCGUUCUGUGAUGGUGCCAUGCUUUUAACAUUGCUCUUUCUUUUGAAAUGUCAAUUAUUAAAGUUGUUCACCAUAGUGGUCUUCAGUUUUAGGUUUCAUUAUCUAUCAGCAAGCUCCUGUGAAAGCACUUUAAUAGUUGGCUUGUAGUAAUGAUGUCACGGUGUUCAAUGAGUCUUUGUCUGAAAAUGACAUUUUGCAUUUAGCUACUUAUAAGGCAUGUUAGUUCUUGCCCAAAAGUGAGCAGCUUUUUUGAAUUAUCGAUCUUCUCAAGAUAAGCAUCAGGAAGCAAACGCCACACACAAGUGGUCUUUUGAAUCCUUUAGUCUUUUGCCAUAUUUGUUUUAUCUACCAUGUCCUAAAAGCAGUUGCUUAGGACAUUCUAAUGUAGGCCACCUUAUCAGAGGAUGCAGAUAUUUUAAGUUUGAUAGUUCUGUCAUGGUUUCCCCGAUGCCUUCCAUUACUAAGCAUUUUUAGUGAAGCAAAGUGAAGUCUUCUGUGUCAUAAUUUAAUUUUGAAUGUUUUUAAGAAUGUGUGUGUUUUUCUGAUAUUCAUUCACCAGUUAUUUUUUUACUUUAGUGGAAUGAAUGCAAUGUUUAUUGUUAUUUAUGGUUCUUUUGCUUUUGCCGGAAAACAUUUAAUAUGUUCAUCUUGAUUAGAACCACUGUCUGGCUGUACUUUUAUCUUGAGGAGGUGGGAUCUUGCAAUGCUUUGAUCAUUUUCUAUUAAAAUCAAAUUGAUGUCAGAUGGACACUGAGUAAAAAUAAUAAGCCUUCCAUGUAAGUUGGUGUAUAGGAAGCUUUUCCUCAAGUCAGUAGCUACAUAAAAUUGACAAGUUUCUUGGCUUUCUAAAAAUGUGUUUUGGUAAGUAAGCAUACUAAGCAAUUCUGGAAAAUGGAAAAUUACUCAAAUUGCUGGAUUCCCCCUUUCCCAGUGAGAAAGCAAAGGCUUGACUCAGUGGGUGAUUGUACACAAGUAGGAAUGAUGGCACUCACAGUGAUUGCAGUGGAGUUGGAGCUGCUGCUUAUUUUAUAGUUGCUGUUGGUCAAAGGCUACAUCCGUGGCCAUGCUUUGCAGAAUCCUGAUAUAAUGGAAGAAUUACAUGCACCACAACAAAAUAUCAGUAUUACUAGUAAAUAAUCAGAUUUGCAGUGAAGCAGUAUGUAUCUUUGCUGCCUUCCUGCCUGGGACAUUAGAAUGUACUGUUCUUCCCACUACUUCUCAUACUGGGCUGUCCCUGCAACCAUUUCCUUGAUGUCGAGAUCCUAGAACAUCUGAAACCCAAGCACUCACCCUCCAGAACCCCUUUCUCAAUACAACUCUUAACAGAUUUUGGGUUGGUUCACUACAGCAAGAUGGUUUUUGAGCUAUUUCUGUGCAAUAUUAGACUGGGUCAGUUGAAGGGAUGGCCGGAAGGCUUCUUGCUUACUGAGUUGACUGUGCAAAAGAGCAAAUGUAAAAACGGUGCCAUAAAAGUCCCUGUGGGUGUGAGUGAUUUUGAAUUGGAAGAGCUUAAUUUAAGUACUUCUAGAGAUCCAUCUUGGUUCUCUUUCCCUUACUUCACAAUGUGUUUUUACUGUGAAGAUGCCCGCAAUCCACACGUGUCAUGGGUUAGAUUUUCUGUUGCUGUACUAAACACAUUUAUCCCUCAGUAGUUCAUUUAUUUGGACGAAAACGAAGAAUAUUACCUUAGGAUUACAAGCUGCCGUCCAACAAGUCCGGUCCAAAAAAACACUCUUGCCUCGAGUUUUCUGCCUUUAAUAUCAAGCCUUAUCAGUCUUACAGUUGAAAAAAUUAUUAGCUGUUUUUUCCAUGUACUUUCUGCCACUAUCAGUUUAUUUGAUAUACUUUGAUUAUAUCACACCCAAUUAAACCAUAUAUUAAAUGCUUUAAUUGGGUGUUAGUUUGUAACAAACAAGUGCUUGGUACAGUUUUGUGAGCAAGACUUUGUCUCUGUAGAACUUUGAAAUGAGAGACGUACAAUCAUUUCAUUUUUAAUAGUGACAAUGCUUGAGGCUGCUUCCUUGUCUCUUCCCAAAAUUAAUUGCUUCCUCCCUUUAAAAUAUCCUGCUACUUAAUAAAUGGUGCAAUAAGUGAAAUUGUAAGAUUAUUGAUUGUGAAAGUGGUGUAUAUACAAUAAAUACCCAACUAAUUUCUUUGUAAGAUACUGUUUUAUGCUAUUUUUUCCCUUCAGAGUGCUUGGAUAAUGUUUAGAAAUAAAUGAGUGUAUACUUCCCUAA